AUGGCCAACGACGAGUAUGAUUUCCUCUUCAAAGUCGUCCUGAUCGGAGACUCUGGAGUCGGAAAGUCCAACCUUCUCAGCCGUUUCACCCGCAAUGAGUUUAACCUAGACUCGAAGUCGACUAUCGGUGUCGAGUUCGCCACUAGAUCUAUCCAGGUCGACUCCAAGACAAUCAAGGCCCAGAUCUGGGAUACCGCUGGACAAGAGCGAUACCGCGCCAUCACUUCCGCUUACUAUCGAGGCGCUGUCGGCGCCCUCCUCGUAUACGAUAUCAGCAAGCACCAGACCUACGAGAACGUCACACGAUGGCUCAAGGAGUUGCGGGAUCAUGCCGAUGCCAACAUUGUUAUCAUGCUGGUUGGAAACAAGAGCGAUUUGCGACACCUGAGAGCAGUUCCUACCGAGGAAGCCAAAUCUUUUGCCAGCGAGAACCACUUGUCCUUUAUCGAGACAUCCGCCCUCGAUGCAAGCAACGUUGAGCUUGCAUUCCAGAACAUCUUGACUGAAAUUUAUCGCAUUGUUUCCAGCAAGGCUCUCGACAGCGGCGAAGGCGCCCAGGCCACCAUAGGCGCAGGCACCAACAUUUCACUUAGCAAGCCUGCUGACGACGAUGCUGCGAAGGGUGGAAAGUGCUGUUAA